GAAAAACUCUAAGAUUAGCGCAAUCUUACAGGUUACUAGCGCGUACAAUCAAAGUAAUCCAAACAAAGGAAUUUUUGGUAAAGACGUCAGCGUAACUGGAAAGUGAACCCAUCAAAGUAUAUUGGAUCCGAAUUCUCUGUGAGAUACAAACCAGAUUACUAUAAGUCUGAAUUGAUUCGAAAAUUUUGACCACCCACUGUAUAAUAACCUGUCAGAUUAACCAUUUGCUAAUUUUUGCUUGUCAUGAUCCAUUUGACAUAUCUUGUCAUAUUGCUCUACUUUAAAAAAUAAUUUUGAAUACUCAUCUUUUGUACUGCAGUGAAACUGAAAACUGAUAAAUCAUGACUCAAAUUCAGGUAGAGCCAGACCGAGAAAAAGCUCUUCAAGAGUAUAGGAAGAAACUACUCGAGCACAAGGAGGUAGAGUCUCGGUUGAAAGAAAUGCGAGAACAGUUGAAAGACCUAACUAAACAGUACGACAAGUCCGAGAAUGAUUUGAAAGCCCUGCAAAGUAUGGGACAAAUUGUUGGCGAAGUGCUGAAACAACUAACAGAGGAGAAAUUUAUAGUGAAGGCUACCAAUGGUCCCAGAUAUGUGGUGGGAUGCAGACGUCAGUUGGAUAAACAGAAGCUCAGAGCUGGAACCAGAGUAGCUCUCGAUAUGACCACAUUGACUAUAAUGAGGUACUUACCCAGAGAGGUGGAUCCACUUGUAUACAACAUGAGCCAUGAAGAUCCUGGGGAUGUCACCUAUUCAGCGAUUGGUGGACUAUCAGAGCAAAUAAGAGAGUUGAGAGAAGUUAUUGAGCUGCCUUUGUUGAAUCCAGAACUGUUCAUGCGGGUUGGAAUCACCCCUCCCAAAGGUUGUCUAUUGUAUGGGCCCCCAGGUACAGGAAAGACUCUUUUAGCAAGAGCUGUGGCAUCCCAAUUGGAUGCCAACUUUUUAAAAGUUGUAUCCAGUGCUAUUGUGGACAAAUACAUUGGAGAAUCUGCUAGACUGAUUAGAGAAAUGUUCAAUUAUGCUAAAGAUCACCAGCCAUGCAUUAUUUUCAUGGACGAGAUCGAUGCCAUAGGUGGGAGAAGGUUUUCAGAAGGUACGUCGGCAGAUCGUGAGAUUCAGAGAACGUUGAUGGAGCUACUCAAUCAGAUGGACGGAUUCGAUUCACUGGGACAGGUAUAUUACAUAAAAAAAAAUUUCAGAUAGUGAGUGGUCAUUUAUAAAGACUACUCAGUAUUUCCAGAUAUGUUUGUGCUGUUCAUAAUUUAAAGCGGAUAACAUUGUGAUUGUGAAAAAGCCGAAUUUGAGGAAGAAAUUAUGAGGGGCCUAGCAUCAAACUGACAUGGGAUUUAAUAAUUCAUCACAAUGCUCGCAAUUAAUUACAAAUUUAUAGCUAUGUCGAUCGCGUUUCGCGCUGCUAACCCACAAUCCUUUGUCUCGCUCCCUGUCCCCUGAUCAUGUAUUUAUCUUUGAUUCGACGAGUCCAGAAGUGCUUCGGCGUUUUCUACACCGAACUCGAGCCACCAUCGAAGCUUGUUAAAUGGCGGUCGUUACUUUUCGAUGCGUAUCGAAUGUUCGCGAUGAGCGGCCGCGUAAUUCUGGUUGCCUAAGACCUACUUACGCGGGCGUCAACGUGUACAACUACACCACCGCGCUGCCUGGUUUAUCAAAUAAACAAAGUUUUUGGAGUGACCAAUCCAAUUUCAACUGGAACAAAUUGCUGACUUUUGUUUAUUCUAGGUGAAAAUGAUAAUGGCUACGAACAGACCCGACACCUUGGAUCCUGCCCUGUUGCGUCCAGGACGUCUAGACAGAAAAAUCGAGAUCCCGCUUCCU